AUGAAUCGAUUAUUCGAACAACAACUACUACUACUAUUUUUCCUAAUAAUAACAAAGAUUAGCUUAGCAAAUGGCGAACAACAACCACAGCAACAACAGUGUCAAGCAAUAACUUAUUAUGAAUGUAAAAAUAUUGGAUAUAAUCAAACAUAUUUGCCGAAUAAAUUUAAUCAUCAAGAUCAAAAAGAUGUUGCACUUGUGAUCAAUCAAUUUACAGCUUUAAUUGCUGUUGGAUGUUCAUCUGAACUUCGUUUUUUACUUUGUUCAAUUUAUAUGCCAUUAUGUUUACCAAACUAUUCUGAAACAAUUCCACCAUGUCGUGAAGUUUGUGAACGAGUUCGUACACCAUGUGAAUCAUAUUAUACACGAUAUGGUUUCAUAUGGCCAGAUGCAUUAAAAUGUGAACAAUAUCCAUCGAGUAGUGAAAAUUCUAUUUGUAUGGAUCCAAGAAAAAAUGAAGCAUCAUCAUCGAAAAAUCUACCUAAAUUACCAUCUUCUCGUUCUUCGUCAUCUUCGUCUAAAUCAUCAUGUUGUCAAUGCAAUACAUCAUUAGGCUAUCGUCUUAUUGAUGAUGAAUCAAUUCAACGAUGUAUUCCACCAUGUUAUUCACCCUAUUUUUCUGAUGAACAAUCAAAAUCAAUGAUGAAUAUGUGGUUAACUUUCUUAAGUUCAUUAUGUGCAAUAUCAUGUGCAUUUGUUUUAUUAACAUUUUUUAUUGAUAUUACAAGAUUUAAAUAUCCACAACGUCCAAUUAUAUUUUUGGCAUUAUGUUAUUUUUUUGUUUCAUGUGGUUAUUUAAUACGUUUAGGAUUAGGACAUGAAAAUGUUGCAUGUCGAUUAGAAAAUAAGGUAAAUACAUUUAUGAUAUAA